CCUGUGUUUCGAACAUAUCCGAACAUGUCUAUAAAUAGAGAAUUCGGAAUUAUCCUCAAAAUUAAAGGCGAUCUGGAACGCUUUGGACUUUAAAUCUGAAGAUAUCAGAUCUAUAAUGAAUGAGAAUUAUCUAGCUAUGAUCGAGGGUGUUUCACAUUUUCUUCAGAAACUAGGACUGCCGCAGUAUUAUGAUACAUUUGUCAAUAAGGGAUAUGAUAUGGAAACGGAUCUCUUGGAAUUGGACGAUCAGGAUCUAAAUCUGAUGGGAAUCAUCAAUAAAGGACACAGAUCUGUCAUCAAAAGUCAAGCUCUGAAUCAUGGCCUGACACCAGAAUAUAAACUAUACGAAUGGUUGAAAGAAAACGGUUUAGAUUAUUACUUUGUUAACUUUAUCAAUGGAGAACUGGUCAAUCUUGACGAUAUUGCUAAAUUACAUCUACCAGAUGAGAAACUUUAUGAUGAAUUAGAAAUUUUAUUACCCGGUCAUCAAAAAAGGUUGAGAACAGCAGUCAGAAAAUUGAGAAAGAAAAGACGAGGUAUGAGUCCAGAAUUUGAGACACCCGUUACAGAAGGAUGGUGGGGAAAGCCAGAAUUCCUACAAGAAGCUAAAUACGAUUUUCUGUGUGUCGAUGCUAUCCUAUCGUCCUCUAAAGAAAAUGCUUUUGGCAGUGAAAGACUUCAGUUUAUGGUCGAUUCCGGAAGUGAUGUGGUGACUGUCAGACAAGAAGUAUUAGAUAGAUUAGAUCUAGAAUUAAUUGGACCAAUACAAAGUCGAGGUGUGCAUGCUUCCAGAACCAAAAAUCUCUACAGAGCACAUUUACUUAUUGGUAACGAGGAACUUGAAAUUGAGGUAAUGGGUGAAACUUACGAUUCGAUUGGUAGUCGAGUAAUACGUCACUUCCGCCAUUACAUCAGUGGUGGUCGACAUGUGUGGUUAAAAGGUGAUUAUUAUGAUCCGUCCAUGUCACCUAAAGAGAGGAUUACUUCUCCCCAGAUAACAACAGAUAUCCCUAAAUCCGACCAGCAACAGAUGGGACCAUCACUUCAACAAAUAGGGGUUAAGAAAGAAUCGUUAACUAUGGUAUCCGGAACUAUUACAGAUAUUGAAAAUCCUAGCGCACCAGCUACCACACAACAUUCGAUUGAAUCUUUACCCUUUGCUGAAACGACUGUGAUAGACAAUAAAGUUCAUCAGGCUAAAUCUCGACCCUUUUCUGUACCAGAUGAGGAUUGUCCAGCAGCCAAGAGGCAGAAACUGCUCGAAGAUGACGAUGACUCAGUCGAUCUGGAAAAAUCUGGAACUUCGUUUAUCAAGUCACAAGCAUCACUUCAUUUAUCUUCAUCAUCAAAAGCAUCAGAACACACAUCACCAGCAACAUCACAUGCUUCUGAUGUAUUACUUGUACCGUCUCAUUUAGAUCUCGAUUCAUCACAUAGUAUUAUAUCAUAUCCAUCACCAGUCCCAACUCUCAUUUCACCAUUAUCAUCAUCAGCGUCUGAACAUUCCUUACCAUUUCCAGUCAACGAGAACGAUAAUACUUCCAAUGACUCGGAGAUUGUGCAACAUAUUAGGUCAUAA